AUGUCUCUGCUCACUCUUACUCUAUCCCAGGCGAAGAACCUACAGACCCUGAAUGUCUCCGGCUUUGAAGUGCUGCUCAAGGUCUGCGCUGGACUUGAAGAUACCCUCUUGCAAUCUUGCCGAUCCCUUUCCACCAUCAACAUCCUGGAUUCGAGGACUGGGCUUCGAGCUCUGCGGCUUCUGCUGAAGCUCAACAAACGCCUCCGUUCCGUUUCUUUGCGAGCUAUUCAGGGAACUACCGACAAACUCACAUUGUGGUAUGUCCUCACGGACCUGAAAUUAGUACGGAUGUCUGGGGAGGGAAAUUCCAGGAAAGCCAAGGUGACGCCGUACUUCCACGAAACGCGAGAAAUAGCUCUCCAAGGCGUCGUGAUACCCGCAGCGGUUUUGUCUAUCUUAUUCCCCAAGGUGCGGCGGGUGACAUGGACGGAAGGCUAUAUCCGUCAUACACCUUUGAAGCCUACUGGCGAUGGCGCGAACUGGCAGUCUCUGGACUUUCUCCACAGUGACAUUCUCACUAUACCUCAUCAAGGGUUGUAUUGUCCUGUUAGGCGGCUGGAACUUCGCUUCCCUGAUCUUCAGGGUUCUGCUGUUAAAAUGAGCGCACAGUUGUAUGAAGCCUGCCUCAUGCAGAUACUACAACGCACGUCCCCGGUGGUGCUGUCGGUAUGCGUUCCCACUCUUGCAAGGAGCAAGUUCUUCGAACGAAUGGUCCACGCGUGCCCUCGGCUCAACUUCUUGGAUAUAUGUCUGACGCGUGAUGAUUUGCUGCUCAACCCUGCGAGCGGGCACGUUUUCCCCAGAUCCGCCUUAUGUGGCGGUCUGGCGGGUGUCCAAGUUACCUUUCUGUCUGUGUUCGCCCUCACCGGGGAGGCUGCCCCUUUUACGGAAGACAUGGCUCUCAAACUGGCGCAGGGAAUCCCUGCUCUGCAGUUCUUAUGCCUCAUGCCCGUAGUCGAGAAUUCAAAGUCGUUCUGGUACGAGGUAAAGACCACCGCAGGAGGGGAACGUCAACUGACGGAGAUCAGCCCUGACCGCGGCCGUGUCUGGCGAGAAGUGUCGACGCGAGCGCGACUCAAACUUGCAGCACAACUGCAACCACACCUACCAUACAUCGCUAAAGCUGCUUGCGUUCCGCCUGUGUCAGGAACCAUGGCCAUGAAAUCGCGACUACUGGAAGUCAACUACGAUGUGCAAGCCGAAAUCCUCGAGUGUCUAUCAAAUGACGACCUGGCGAAGUUCGCCGCCACCUGUAGGAUGACCAAACAACUGACUGCUCCGUUCAUGGCACGCAGCGUUGUCCUGAAAGGAAAGGAUGCGAUGUCUUUGGCAACGAUGAUACUUAGCUUCUGCCGCUGGAUGGUGAAGACCAGGGAUACCUCUGGGCGUUCUGUCAACCACUGCCAUGACCUCCGGAUAUUGCAGAUCUGUGACCUAACAACCUUCAUGCCAUGGAUAGGCGAUGGGGGUUCCCAGGCUGAUGGUUCCCCAAAACGUGCUAUAUGUAUGCUUACCUAUGUCCUAUCUCAGGCGAUAAAUCUCUACAAGCUAGACGUGGUUGACUUCGAUGUCCUGGUCAAGGCUAACCCCAUGAUUGGGAACGUCCUCGCGCGCUCUUGUCGACGCCUUUCGGGUGUUCAUCUUCUCUAUGCCAGCGCAGAUUCUCUUAGGUCUCUCGGAGUGCUUAGGUGGCUUCGUACCAUAUCCAUAGACACAAGGGGGCGAGGGCGGUUCGGCAGCCCCAGCCGCUUCGGUAAAAUGCUCUGUAGGGUGCAAUGCACGGACCCGAGGGGAGGUGUUAACCUUGGAAUGGGUGCCGAGACUCCAUACCGAAACUGGCCGAACAUACAACAAGUGUUCCUCGAAGGCAUCUCAGUCCGACACUUGUUGUGGUUCGCAAACGACUUUGACCCGCACCAAGCUCCAGACACAAGGAAGAAUAACGUUUGCUGGCGUUUGCUGGAGUUCCUCCGCAGUGAUGCCUGGACUAUAUAUCAGUUGAAGAUCUUUUGCCCGGUCAAACAACUCGAGAUUGUGUUCAACGUGGAUCGAGCUCGCUACCUGCUAUCCAAUCUGGAAGAGGCAGAAGAUCAACUUCUCCAAAUAUUCAAGCACUCAAACCCCGUCUCGUUGACUGUGUAUAUCCAUAUGGGGGUAACCAAGGUCUUCCUCGAGCGAGCUGCUCGCACACUGUCUCGUCUUCGGUUCUUGGAAAUUGUGCUUGUCCCGGAUGCGCUGAUGAUCAAGCCGCCGGAUGGACGCGAAGAAGUCUGCACGAGCAGCGUUGUGGGGAUGGCUCAUGUUGUAGCCUACAGGCGGCCUACCUGUGCAUUACUGUCGCCCCAGGAAAUUGGCGAUGUCCAUCCCCGCUCUGCGGUUCUUGAAGCUUAA